AUGAAAUUUUUAUUAUCAGCAAAUGCUUUACUUAUUCUUAUAUUGGGAUUUACUUUUUCCUAUGCUUUGAACGUAAAACAAAUUUCCACUGAUGAAAGUACAGAAUUUUUUUCAAAACGAAUGGCUUUAACUGAUUCAGAAAAAAAACAGCUUGAAGAAUUAAAUAAAUUUGUUACUUUUAUACCUAGUGAAGAGUCAACUUCUUUAGAAGAACAAGAUAAUAAAAUUAAAUCUAGAAAAGGGCGUAAAGAUAAAACUAUGAGACAAUUAUAG